AUGCCUUUGCCACCAGCUCUUCUCGCUAGACUCAAGAGACGUGGUAUUAUACAAAAUGAGGCCAAAGAAAAUGUCGAAGAAGUCUUUGCAGAAAAUUAUGACGACACUGAACCGCCGAAGUCUGAUACCACUCGAAUCGCUGAUCACACAGCUGCUAGUGGCCUUAGGUUAUCUGAUCCUGAGCUUGCUAAGAACAAUGUGAACGCUAUUCCUGUCUUUGAAGACGGUUAUCUCGUACAUGAGUGCGCAGAAUGCCCUAAUCAGCAGAAUCCCUAUCACACUUGCUCUGUUUAUUGCUUUGAUCGAUAUGGCCGAAGACAGUUUAAACCGGAUUCCAGUUUGCAAAAGAGGAAAGAGAGAAUGCUACGCCGAUACCCUUUGCCCAGCCAUUGGAUUGAAGUUGGAGAUCCUGUUUCGCAUAGAUUCUACUACUGGAACACUAAAACAGAUGACGUCUGUUGGUUGUCUCCAUUGCAUCCUAGAGCAAAAAUUACGGCUCCUGCUAGUAUUAUCAAAUCAAAGCGCUUGGCUGAGCGUGAUCGGGCUGCAGCAGCAGCUGGCUUGGCCAGUGCUGCAAUUCGCGCGGCCGAAGUGGCGGAGGAGAUUUCAGGAGGCCCUAGUAAUAACAGUAUAAAGAAGAGAUCGAUUGCCCCAACAAACAUCUUUACUCUAAAUUCCAUCAUGGAUAAAACAAGGUUUGUCUAA